AAUUUUGUUAUUAAUGGCAAUAAUUUUUUCCUUUCCCUCAAAACCCUAAGUGUUGUCUCAGGUGAAACACGUCCCCUCGAGCCUCAGUGUCACGCUGCUCGCAACUCGCAACUCGCAACUCGCACAUCGCUAUCGCCGUCGCUGUCAUAGCAGCUCGCACGUCGCCGUCGCAGCAGCUCCGCACGUCGCAGGCCGCCGCACGUAGCAUCCCGCCUCACAUCGCAGUAGCGCUGCACUUCCAUUCUGCAAUCUCAAAGUGCAUGGUUACAGUCCAAUUAAAGUAUCCAAUCGCUGAUGCUGUCGAGCCAACUGCUGCCAACACUUCCAUCUCCAGCCCUAAUUAAAAAAAGUUGAGGAACAGAACUAUACAUUGCUUACAAGACCCUUGACAUAUGCUUUAUGUUCAGACUUGAAUCACCAGCAUGGAUCUGAAUGCCUUGCCACAGCCAGAGGAUGAUGACGAGAUUUUUGGACAACAAUUAGAAGAUGAACCGCAAGAACCUAUUAUAUUACAUAGCGACGAACGUGCAGAUUAUGUCACUACUGCUGUAGAGAUUUCACGUCGCGAGCGGGAGGAAAGGAUUCAAAGACUUAAAAGACAACAUCCAGAUGAUAGACCUGCAUAUCCAUCUCAACCACGAAUGCGGGAUGAGAUCUUUCAGACGAAGAGACAGAAGCCAAGCAGCAGACUUCCUCCAGGUUGGUUGGACUGUCCUGCAUUUGGACAGGAGAUAGGGUGUAUUAUUCCUUCAAAGGUUCCAUUGGAUGAAACUUUCAAUGAUUGUGUUCUUCCUGGCAAAAGAUACUCGUUUAGGCAAGUCCUCCACCAACAGAGAGUUUUAGGAAGAAAACUUGGUAUGGUGAUUGAUCUCACCAAUACAAGUCGAUACUAUUCAUUGUCAGAUUGGAGGAAAGAAGGCAUCAAGCAUGUAAAGAUUCAAUGCAGAGGCCGUGGGUCUGCACCUGACAAUGAGUCUGUAAAUUUAUUUGUCUAUGAGGUUUCACAAUUUCUUGCCCGUCAGAAACAUGCAAAGAAGUAUAUUCUUGUCCACUGCACACAUGGGCAUAACCGCACAGGGUUUAUGAUCAUUCAUUAUCUUAUGCGUACACUACCAAUAUCUGUCAGUCAGGCAAUUAAAAUUUUUUCUGAUGCUCGUCCUCCUGGGAUCUAUAAGCCAGACUAUGUUGAUGCCCUAUAUGCCUUCUAUCAUGAGAAAAAACCUGAAAUGGUUGUUUGUCCUCCAACACCUGAGUGGAAAAGAUCUUCUGAGCUUGAUCUGAAUGGUGAUGCUAUGCCUAAUGACGAUGACGAUGGAGGUCCUACAGCUCCUUUGACUGACAAUCUUGAAGCACAAGUAGUAACCUCAAAUGAUGACAUUUUGGGAGAUGCAAUCCCCCAAGAUCAGCAAAAUUAUUUACGACAGUUCUGUUAUCAAGCACUGAAAAUGACCCCAGGGGGUAGAGGCCCACAGUUUCCUGGUUCACAUCCAGUCUCUCUUGACAGGGAAAACUUGCAGUUAUUAAGGCAGCGUUACUACUAUGCUACAUGGAAGGCUGAUGGGACACGAUAUAUGAUGCUGAUCACAAUGGAUGGCUGUUUCUUAAUUGAUAGGCAUUUCAACUUCCGGAGGGUUCAGAUGAGAUUUCCUUGCAGACACACUAAUGAAGGUUUAGCUGAAAAGACCCACCACUUCACUUUACUUGAUGGAGAGAUGGUAAUUGAUACUUUGCCUGACACACAGAAGCAGGAAAGGAGAUACCUAAUUUAUGAUAUGAUGGCCCUGAACCAUGUGUCUGUCAUCGAGCGACCCUUUUAUGAACGGUGGAGAAUGAUCGACAAAGAAGUGAUUGGUCCAAGAAAUUAUGAACGUCAACAUAUAUACCAGAGUAGAAACCCUUACUAUAGAUAUGAGUUGGAGCCUUUCAGGGUGAGGAGGAAGGAUUUUUUUCUGCUCUCUACUGUAACAAAACUUCUCAAAGAAUUUAUCCCAAAGCUUUCACAUGAAGCUGAUGGUCUUAUUUUUCAGGGUUGGGAUGAUCCUUAUGUUCCUCGCACUCAUGAGGGUCUCUUGAAGUGGAAAUACCCUGAAAUGAACUCAGUUGACUUUCUGUUUGAGGUGAUCGAUGAUCGUGAAUUGCUGUAUCUACAUGAACGAGGGAAGAAGAAACUAAUGGAGGGGAAUAGAGUUAUUUUCCCAGUGAUAUUAUUUGAUGGAGUUGAAACCUUCAUUAGAGAAUGAUCUAAAAAGUCAAGGGGGCUAAUUCACUCCUCUUGCAGCUGUCAAGAUUCCUCUUUGGUGCUAAGUAGUACUCUCUCCGCUCUCUUUUACUUGGCCCACGUUGACUUAGCACCUUCUGUGUCUAUUAUACUAAACCCACAUUUUUAUUUAUGCUUUGGAAUUUAAGUUUGACUACUAAUACUUUAUGUAGUUUUUAAUGAUAAGGGUAAUAUUGGAAGAAAAUGAUAAAAUCUCUUGAUUUGCGACAAGUAAAAAGGGAACUCAUUUGUAUUACCAGGGACAAGUAAAAAAGGAACUGACAACUGAGGGAGUAGUAAGAAUAUAUAUACAAAAUCUAGAGGUACUUCUUGCUGUGACUAAAACCUUACGGCAAGGUUGCUAUUUCACAACUGAUCCUCCUUUCUGAUCCUACUCUCUUGUAAGCUCAAGAUGCAUAUUCUUCUUAGCCAAAAAAAGAAAAAGUAGAUACAUUUUCUUGCUUUUAUUUUUUGGUCUGUAAAGGCUUAGUGUAAAUAGAAUGUGGAUAUUCCACAACUUGAAAUUGGAUCAGAUGCUAAGGUUAAAGAGAUCAGACAUAUUAGUUUGGAUUAGUUGGAUCGCCAGAACAAGAUUUAAAUGAAUCAAGGGGUAGUCGAAGCUUCUUUUGCAAUUUCAGGAACGUAACCAUGGAACCACAGAAAUUCCUCGUCACAUGUGAUUGUGAACAAGAUGAAUCCAAAUAUACACUCUGUUUGGAUCAUUGUUAUCGAUUGUGUUGUAUUGUAUCGUUAUCAUACCUACAAUGUUUGUUCGAAUUGUUACUUAACAUGUAUUGUAUUGUAUUGUUAAAUUUUGUUGUUACUUAAUUUCUUUUUUCAAUGUAUCUUACUUAAUAUUUCAUAAUACUAUUUUACCCUUUUAUCCUAUAUUAUUUGAUUCUAGUCAAACCCCCUACCCUAGAAUAAUUAAGGAAA